CUUAAUCUUGCACAAACGACGGUACGGUCAGAGGUGGCGCUGUUUCUUCCGCAGACUGCAGCGUUUCCGCAUUUGUAGAAGAAGCCUUUUGCACACAUGUGGAGGAAGCCGUGCUGUGUUUACCUUUCAUUCAGCAAUGAGCGUCUGGUUUUCUUAACUCCAACUUUUGGCUUGUCAAAGUUUUUUAAAAAGCUACACACAAAGAAGCGAAGGAGGAGAAGUAUGAGUGUAUUGGAUCAGGACCAGAGUUUCCAUCCCAGUUGCCUUGACAAAACAACAUUGUCUUCUAAUUCGACAGACGUGGUUGAAUCCGCCAAACAGCCUCUCCAAAGUUUAAAAUUGGCAUCACACGAAGUUUUGGAGCGAGCGCAAGAGAAAGGCAGGUUGAAAUGUGCGAAAUGUGGGGGAUCACGGAUGUUCUUUUGCUACACGUGCUGUUCCCCGGUGGGAGUCAGUCCACAAGAUGUUCCCCGGGUGAAGCUUCCAGUGAAAAUCGACAUCAUUAAACAUCCAAAUGAGACGGACGGGAAGAGCACAGCGAUCCACGCAAAGAUCUUGGCUCCAGACGAUGUGAACAUUUACACCUACCCCUGUAUCCCAGAGUACGACAAGGACAAGGUGGUACUCGUAUUCCCCGGACCUAAGGCUGUCACAGUGCAAAACAUGAUCCAGAGUUUGACCGAACGCGCCCAAGACCCCUGUGAACCCAAAAGGAAGAGGUUUAGGGGUGCAACUUUGUCUGAUUGUCCCACACACGAAGAGGGAGAGGGGGCAGAGCAGAGGGGAAAGGAGGGGGGAGAGGGCGUGGAGUGCAAGGCCCUGCCCCUCCAAAAGGUGGUCUUCAUUGACAGCACAUGGAACCAGACAAACAAGAUCAGCACGGAUGAAAGACUGCAAGAUUUGCUGCAAGUGGAGCUGAAAACAAGAAAAACGUGUUUUUGGCGCCACCAAAAGGGCAAACCGGACACUUACCUCGCCACCAUCGAAGCUAUCUACUAUUUCCUCAAAGACUUCCAUGAACUUUGCCUGGACCGGGUUUACAGCGGAGAAUAUGACAACAUAUUGUUCUUCUAUUCGUAUCUCCACACAGUCAUAAACAAAGCCAAGACUGCAGCAGGAAAAAAAUAAAGUUCAGUAUUUAUUUGAGCUAGAGAACUGAGCAGCCAUUUCAUUUUUGUUUUAAUUAUAUGCAUGAUAGUUGUUCAUUUACAGCUGACUGGGUGAUCUACAUGGAUUUCUCAAAUUUGGUCACAGGGACUUACAAUGUUUAAUGGGCAAAAUGUGACUUAGUUUUGCUUUAAUGUUGCACGUAAAUCAAAAUUAAAAACUGGGACACUCUUGGUUUGUGGUGGUUGGUAAUAAUAAAAUUGUGAAACGAGCACGUAAUUAAGGAAAAUUGUUUUGCACUCGACCCAUUUAUGACUAAAAUGUGAGUCAGUAUAGUCACAUUCUCUGUGUUUUGAUGAUUUAAACAUAUUUUUCUGUAUUUUACCUAAAACAAAUGAGAAGUUAUGCCCCUUUACUGUUGGCAGGUAACAAAGUGGUCAAAAAUAGGGAAAUUUCUUGUAAAAAACUGAGACAAAUUUGUGGUUUUGGAUGAAUCUGCUGGGACACAGGGCUUAAAACCAGGACUGUGCCAGGUAAAAAGGGACAUCUGGUCACCCUAUGCCAUGGUGACACUAUGCACAGAUUCACAAACACUGCCAAAAAAGUUUAAAAAUAGUGUGAAAUACAGAAUGGAUUUAAACAACAAAUUUUAAUGACCCUGUGAUCAAUACGAGCCUUCAUGGUCUUGUUCGUGGUCCCUCUGCUUUUGAGAGAAACUUGUUUUUACUGCACAAAUCAGCUCACCUGUUGUAGUUCCAAAUAAGUCAGCUCCUUCUGGUCAGAUUGUGUUAAAAUAAAGAUCAUAUUAAAGCUCUAACAAGCCUCAGACAGAGCAGAGCCUACAGUUAGCAUCACAGCCCCAGGGAAUGUUGAUGUGUGCUGCAAACUAUCAUACAGUACAGUACGAUGCACUUGGGUUAGGCCUGUCAUGAUUUAAUUUAGUACUGUGAUAUAUUGCCAUCAUUACAAUUAUCUUUAAGUUUCAUAAUCAUUUGUAAUAGCGCUGCA